AUGUUUAAAUCAAAUCAAGAACCUGACAUACCUGCUGCACUAGGUUUAUUGUCACAUCAAACAAACGAUGAACUUAAGGAAUUAUUAAAUAAUGAUGAGAAAUUCGAAGAUAUUGUGAAAGAUGUAAAACAGUUCAAGGAUUUAGAAACAGAAAAGGAAGUGUUAAUGGCUAGUAACAGAUCUCUAGCAGAGUUUAAUCUGUCAAAACAACCAGAAUUACAGGAGUGUAAACAAAUAUUAAAGGAACUUAGUGAAAAAGGAAAUAGGCUAUGCACAAGUGUUAAGGAAAAAUUAGACGAAAUAAAAGAGAAGUCUGGACAAAUGACGGUUGAUACUGCAUUGGACUUAUUACAAACAGCAGCAGCUGAAAUUGAAGAAGAAUCAGAGACCAUGGCUGAAAAGUUUUUGGCUGGUGAUAUGGAAGUAGAUGAAUUUUUUGAGCAAUUUUUAUCACGACGAAAAUUGAUGCAUCUGCGCAAAGUUAAAGUAGAUAAAUUGAGGGAGUUAACAAGAAAAUCACACUUCACCACUGGUAGUUCUGGUUAUCCAGUUGCUAGUAAUUUUCCAGGGUUAGCACCUUCAAUUCCAUAUCCAACUGGACCUGUUUCAAUGCCAAUGCCUGUACCAUCUGGAUUACCACAUUAUAGACCCUAUUAA